AAGCGACUGAAGUUUUCCUCGAAGUAACAACUUUCUACUUCAGUACUAAACAGAAUAACAAAAACAAUGAAAGUGAAAAUCAAAAGAUAUCAUGCAGUCGCUAAUUGGACUUGGAAAACACCUAAAGACGAUGUUUGCGGCAUUUGUCGAGUCCCUUUUGAUGGCUGCUGUCCUCAGUGUCUAACUCCUGGUGAUGAUUGCCCCAUAGUAUGGGGGAAGUGUACACAUAUCUUUCAUGCUCAUUGCAUUGAAAAUUGGCUUUCAACAGUAGGUUCUCAAGGACAAUGCCCAAUGGACAGGCAAACAUUUGUUGUUGCUGAAUCUAGUAUCACACCGUAACACUCAUAUCCACACCUAUGGUGAGCGAUUCGUGCUGAUAGCUGUUCGUUUCGAAAAUCUUCUCGUAGACGACAGGAUGUUUGACCUUUAUCCUCAUGAGCCUAAUAUUUACAUCUUUACGAAAACUUAACUACAUGUUAUUAACACAUAAUGAAUCCUAUGGCAACUAGUUUAUGACGAUCCUAUAUAUAUAUACCAGUUCGUUACGGUUUUAAGAAGAUUAGACAAAACAUUCUAUUCAUUCAAUCAUAUAUAUAUAUAUAUAUAUAUUACGGAGACAUACAAAAGAUAAUUAUCAUUCACGUUCGUAACGAAAUGGAAAGUUUUUUUUUUCUUUUUUCAAAAAUUGAGAACAGAAAAAGGCUUUCUCAUUGACGGCCUUUGUUUGACCAUAUACGGAUAGUGUUAUCAUCACUAGCUGAAGCAAAUUGAUACGGAUCCAAUGGAUUGUAAGCGAUGUAGUUCACGCAUUUCGAGUGUCCUGGUAAAGUGCUUAGCAGCUUUCCAGAAUCACGAUGCCAUAUUCGAAUAAAUUCAUCUUGGCUGCCGCUUAAUACAAAUGUGUCAUCUUGGCCACCGAAACAUGAGCCAAUCAACCAGUUCCCAAGCUUAUGGCCCAUGUACUGACGAAUAAUGCGAUAUUCUUGUAUAUCCCAAAGUAAUAUUGUAUGUGGCUCGAUGUUUGUCAAUGCAUAGCGAGAAUCUUUUGAGAGCGAUAUGGAAGUCACCUUGGAUUCAAGAUGAAUUUUUUUAAGACAUUCUCUCGUCGGUAUGGAGUAAACGGCAAUAUGCUUAUCUUCACUUUCCAUUUGUUUCUGGUACCCAACAGCAUACAAUUUUGUGCCAUCAUUAUUGAUCGCCAUAUCGUAAAUAUUGACAUCUUUCCAUUUAUGCAUGAUCUCACCAGUUAAUGACCAAUGUAUAAUGGUCAUAUCGGGAGAGCCUGUGAUGAAAGACAAGCCAUCUGGUAGCCAACAGCAGCAGCUGACGAAGUAAGUAUGUUCUUUUAAAUGUCGGAUCUUCUCUCCGGUAAACGCAUCCCAAAGUAUAACCGAGUAGUCAUUAGAGCAAGUAAGCAAAUAUCGAUCAUCCGGGGACCAUUUCACAUAAGCAACCUCUUUACUGUGCCCGAUUAGUCGGUGUAGCAUCUUCAUAUUAGCCAAGUCAAAGAUUAUGGUAGAUUUAUCUUGCGAAGCGGAAGCUAAAUACUUGCCAUUAUUUGAGUAAGAAAUUUGCCAAACCUCGCUUGUAUGAUCGUCAAAACAAUGUAUUUCCUUUGUUGGAAUUUCACUAGGUUCGGCUUGAUAGUCAGAAAGAAAGGUAAAGUUUUUUAAAACAUUAUGAUAGCACUGAGAAGAAAUCUGGUGGUUCUUUGCCUGUUCCAAAAGUUCUAAGAGUCGAUUCUUCGGCAUCAUAAUGUCAGCGCUUAUGUAGAGUGAGAGUUCAUUUAAUAAAGCAGGACGAUUGUCUUUUACGCCGUGCGCAGAUUCUGUGAAUUUUUUUCUCGAAAACAUUAUUUGCGAGAUCAAUUCCUCUUUGCUUUGAUUAAAAUAAGUAUUAUUGGUUGUUUGCAAAACAAAGAUUGCCUCACAAAGAGAUCCCUUUUCAGCUAACUCUAGACAUUUCUGUUUUUGUAGAAGGAAAAGUGCUUCCUUUUAGCAUUGUUAGUAUAAUCCCUUCAAUGUCAAUGAGUAAACUUACAUCUCUUUUGCUUUCGUCCCUUAACUUCAUUAAAGCAAAGCAACUCUCGGCGAUUUGCCAGUCACCGGAAAGAACCGCUGUUUGAAACGUUUUGACAUUUUCUGUUUCAUAACAAAGUCCACUUUCAUUUUCCAAGCAUUUUAAAGUACUUCUAUAUAUAGUAAGUUAGCAAUUCAUAAUUAUAGAAUGUCCUUGCAGGUGAACGAAUGUACUAUACCCAUAGCCGUGAUCACUCAAGAAUUGAAGGAUGAGACGAAUGAUCUCUUGUUCCCAUACUUUAGUCAGCUCCAUCUUAUAGCGUGUAGAGCGACUUCCUAACUCUUGAAUAAAGGAGGGUUUCCUCUUUGGUUGUGUCUGAAAGCUCAGAUCCUUUCCCGUCGGCGGCUGCACUUUAGCAAACGAACUGAGUCCACGUAAAUUGAAGGUUACGAUUCUUAAAUAUACUGGAAAACAAAUUUCCUUCAGAGUCGAAUUUCGUUUCAAUCCUUAUUCCUAACACGAAGGAAUUGUUAAAUGAGGUAAAGGUCAAGAACUGUAGUAUGUAGCACAUAGCGUUUGGAAAUAACGAAGUAACACAAGCAG